AUGCCGUCCGACGCAGUGCUGCUCGUCGUCUCGCUCGGAGGCCUCGCGACGAUCUUCCUCGUCGUCCUCUACAUCACCGGCUUCUCCACGUCCGCAAAGACAAACGCUGUGCCAAACGACCACGUCGAAGUGCUUCGAGGCGGCGAAAGACGUGGAUUAGCAGCGCUGCGUAAGCGCAAAGAGCGUAAGCAACGACAGGCGGAACACGACGAAGCUGCUGGUGGCGAAGAGGCUGUGGCGCCGGCUCGGAACGAAGCGCUCGAGGCUGCAGAAGAGGAUGGCGGAGCAGCUGUGGAGCCGAGAGCAAUGACGAAGAAGGAGCUGCAGAAGGAACUGAAGCGUCGGGAGCGCGAAGAGCUCCGUCAGUUUGACCAGCACCAACGGGAAGAGCGGCAGCGACAGGCCGAUGAGAGAGAUGCAGCGUGGCAGAAAAAACGGGAACAAGAGGCCAAAGUGGAGCAGACGUUGGAAGAGCAGGAACGUAAGUUGAUGGAGGAGAAAGCACGCAAGGAGAAGGAGGAGUUUGAUCAGUGGAAGGACAUGUUUACGAUCGAAGAACAAGGCACGAAGGUGGCGACGGACAGCGAGGAGAGCCAAGCACUGUUGCAGCAGUUUGUGGACUAUGUCAAGUCGCACAAGGUGGUGCUACUGGAAGACCUCGCGUCCGAGUUUAGUUUAGCCACACAGGAUGCAAUGGACCGCAUCGAGGCAUUGCAGGCGGCGAACCGACUGACGGGCAUUGUUGACGACCGCGGGAAGUUUAUCUACAUUACGGAACAAGAGAUGGACAAAGUGGCCAAGUUUGUUCAGCGACGCGGGCGUUUGGGGUUUGCCGAGCUGUCAAAAGAGUGCAACAAGCUCAUCCGUCUCGACGGUCAAGUCGACGAGAGCACGGCGAGCUCUCUAGACUGGCUCGACAGCGACGAGUUGUUGGAAGGACCUGUCGCUGAUGUAUCGUCGUGA